AUGGAAGCUGCACAAUUAGCCACACAGGCAAUUUGCAGACAAGAUCUCUUAAACUUUAAUCCAAUAAUAACAACAGGAAUGCAAGCAGCUUGUAUGCUUGUAAUCUCCCAUAUUUUUCAUCUUAUCUUGACACCUUCAGGACAACCUGGCCCUGUUGCAAACAUCAUUGCCGGUUUAGUGCUAGGUCCUUCAUUGUUGUGCAGAGUCAAAAGGCUUAAAGAAUUCUUUAUCCAGUCUUAUUCUAUAGAAUACUAUCAAGUCGUGUCAUUCAUUUUUCGAGUUUUUUUUAUGUUCUUGAUUGGUUUGGACACAGAUGUUCCUUAUAUAAGGCGAAAUCUGCGUUUGUCAAGCAUUAUUGCAUUUGGUUGUAUAUUUGUAUGCACACUUUUUGGGGCAGCUUCUGCAAUCAUAGUCCUCCAUGUAUUGAAGCUGCAGUACAACAAAUGGACAUUGAUAAUUGUAAUCCCAUUGAUAAUAGCAAAUUCAGCCUCUCCUGUUGUGAUUCGGAUGGCUGCAGAAUUGAAAAUUGAUACUUUAGAAGUAGGAAGACUAGGAAUAUCUUCUUCUUUGGUGAAUGAAAUGUCUUGUGUAGUGUUAUAUUCACUGUACAUUUCUUGUCAAACUGGGAAAAAGUUUGGAAAUGGGAUUCUUUGCCUUUUGUUUAGUGUGGGACUUGUUCUUUUGAACAGACACUUAGCUUUUUGGUUCAACAGAAGGAAUCAAAACCAAAAAUAUGUGUCAAACAAAGAGGUCCUCGUCGUUUUCGUCCUCGUUUUAGCUACUGCUGCCAUUAUUGAAUCCUAUGGUUAUCUAAGUACACUUGCUUGUUUCCUCUUUGGUUUGCUGUUCCCUAGAGAAGGCAAAACGGCUCGAACAUUGUUGCAAAAACUCUCUUAUUCUGUUCACAACUUCGUGCUUCCUAUUUACUUUGGCUUUGUUGGGUUCCAAUUUGACGUGGAUCAUUUUAUGAGGGUUGACAAUGUUGUUAUGAUUGUUCUUAUGAUCUUGUUGAGCACUGGAGGAAAACUUGUGGGUGCUCUAGCUGCCUGCCAUUACCUAAACAUUCCGAAAAAUGAAGCUGUUAUGCUUGCUUUCAUCCUCAAUUUUAAAGGCCACACUGAACUUCUAAUUCUUGAAUUAGUCCCUAAGGUCAUUGCCUGGUGGAACAGAAGACUUCAUAGUUUAGUGAUAAUAGUGGUUGUUCUUGACACAUUAAUUGCAGGAUUAGUGGUGGUUUUUAUGUUAAGAUCAAAGGAUUAUUACUUUUCUCAUAAACGUACUUCGCUCGAAUCACAAGACACAGAUACCGAGCUUCGAAUGCUAGCUUGUGUUUAUAGUUCGCGUCAUACGUCUGCUACAGUUGGACUAAUCUCAGCAAUGAGUGGUUGUCAGAAUGUUCCCUUUACUCCUUACUUGAUGCACCUGGUUGAGCUUCCUGAGAAGCGCAGGAAAACAAAGCUGAUGUAUCACCAGCUACAAGAUGGUGAUCAAUUCAGUGAUGAGGAAGAAUAUGGUGGAAAUGAUGUGCUUGAGAUUAAUGAUGUGGUUGAUGCCUUUACUGCAGACACCAAAAUUCUCAUCAACCAAACAAAAGUUGUAGCAUCUUUUGCAGCAAUGUAUGAGGAUGUCUGCAGUGGUGCAGAGUACUUUCGCGUGUCGAUAAUUUUCGUGCAUUUACAUAAGCAUCAACGCAUUGAUGAGAAGUUGGAAGAUGGGAAAGAGGGUAUCAGGACAAGCAACCAGAAAAUUCUGAAACAUGCACCAUGUUCAGUUGGUAUCCUGGUAGAUAGAGGACACACAGGAUUUAAGAAACCAGGUUCAGAAUAUGUACAGCAAGUAGCAGUACUGUUUUUCGGAGGUCCUGAUGAUCGUGAGGCCUUGGCUUGUAGUAAAAGGAUGGUUAUGCAUCCUUAUAUUAAUUUGACAUUGAUUCGUUUCUUAUUAUCAGAAUCAAAGGAACAAGUUAAUAAGUGGAAUAAUGAUGCUUCUCCUAAUGAUGAUGAAGUCCUUCUUGCUAUAUCAGAUCCUGGAAUUCAGAAUGAGAUGGAUGAUGCAUAUGUUGAUGACUUCAAGAACAGGUUUGUGAAAUGUGGAAGAGCAAGUUUUGCAGAGAAGCAUGUGAAAAAUGGGGAGGAAACAGGGAAAAUAUUAAGAGAGAUGGGAGAAACGUAUUCAUUGAUAAUUGUAGGCAAGGGUGGGAGAGGCCAGUCAUCAAUGUUAAUUGGAUUGACUGAUUGGGAAGGUUGUCCAGAGCUUGGAACUGUUGGGAAUCUCUUAGCUUCUUCAGAAUUGAGUAUCAGUGGUUCAGUUCUAGUUAUUCAACAGUAUAGGAACCAUUUGAAUGAAAAACAUGUUGAUGAUGAUUUGUAG